AUGAAACAGCUCCAUUCACGUAGAGGGAGCGCUGCAACAGCGUCUUCUUUUCCGGGAUAUAAACAAUCCUUUUUUAGUGUGAGGUCGUUUGAGGCAAACACUUUAUCUGAGCAUUGGGGUGUGGUGUGGGGGUCUUUUGAGAACGUCUUGAGGGAGAGCACUACUCAUAAUUACCUCAAAGAUGUUGUAUGGAAAACAGUCAUUAAAAUCCCUUUUCGAGACAAUUCACAUAUCUUUCUGUUCACUGUUGUGUCGUGCCCGGAAGAACAAAACAGAAGAGUUACUUUGAUGUAUGGCGACAAUACUUUUGACACAACCGUUUCGAAUAAAUUUCAAGCAUUUGGGAUGAACCAGUACUUCAAGUCUAUUCCAUUAAAACAGAACAUCUUGGUUGACUCGCCACCAGAAAUAAGAGUACAAACAACUCAUAUUCCUACUUACUACCAAUACGAAAUUGGAACAACUAUCAUACACGAUAAGGAAUAUGACAAAGUCAUCUUUGCGAUUCAUAUACCUUUCAUGGUGUCGGGUUCAAAUGACUACCCUGUUAUUAUUGUUACUAUUGGCGUUGAUCUUCCUAAAGGUGUUUGCAACCAAAUGAUCUUCAAAGAUUCGUUUUACGACUACGUCAAUCAAAUUUUCUUUCAGUUUCAGCUCGCAAAUGUGACAGAAGAGCCUGCAGAGGCGUGCCAAUAUUUGAAAUCGCGAGCGGAGGAAUUGAUGAGUAAAAUCGACGAGUUCAUCGACCAAUCGGAGAAGAAAAUGCGGUUCAAUUACCUUGAAAACUUUGUCGAUGGUUCUGUGUAUGAUAACAGCAAGUUCAUGUGUUGUUACUCUCUGGGUAUAUCCAACCUUUACACC